AUGGCCUCCUUCCGCGAGAAGCAGUGGUGCAAGAAGGGAGACCUGAACCAGGUCCUCUUGAACAAAGAGUCCAUGGAUGAAGUCCGGCGCAUGUGCAAGGUUCUGGCGCCCUUCUUUGCCCACUAUGAUGCCAAUGGUGAUAAUGCCAUUGAUUUCGAAGAGUUCAGGAUGAUCUUCAAGGAUGGUGAGAACCUCUCCCGAGAUGGGCAGUAUGCGAUCUUCGACGCUGCCGACAUGAACCGAAGCGGCGACAUCAGCUUCGAGGAGUUCGUCGCCUGCCUCAUGUCCUUCGCCUUGGACCCCAACACCGACCUGCAGGAAGUGAAAAAGCCGAAGUACGCGGUGAACCCCAUCAAGUACUUGGAGAAUGGUGAUGAGGAGGGCGAGGAGGACGAGGAGGAGGACGUCCCGGAGGAUCUGGCCGACUUGGACCCAGAGGAGCAGCAGAAGAGGAUCAAGAUCCGGGCGGCUUACCAGAUGGCCAUGGGAACCCUCUUGGUGCUGAUCUUCUCGGAUCCCAUGGUGGACCUCCUCAGCGAGUUGGGAAAGCGCCUGGAUGUGUCCGCCUUCUACAUUUCCUUUGUCUUAGCGCCCUUGGCCUCUAACGCCAGUGAGCUGGUGGCCGCGUACAACUACGCCAAGAAGCGGACGUGCAAAUCCAUCACAACGUCCUUAAGUACCUUGGAGGCCGCUUCCGGGCGCCGGGCCCGGCUGGUGACCACUGAGGGGUACUUCCAGAAUCUGGCGCGGCUCCGAGUUGGCCGGUGGUCGACGCGGCCGAUGGGGCGGGUGGCAGUGGCCUCGCCAAAGGCCUGGGAGUUCUCGGCCGAGACGACCGCCAUUCUCCUGAUCCAGGUGCUGAUCGCGCUGAGCGCGGUCUUUCGACGCGUGCACAGACUCCUGGAUGGGUUCCUCAUCCUGAGCCUCUACCCUCUCUGCUUGGCCACGGUCUAUGCUGGGGCUCCUAGACGAGGCAGAGCCCCGGGAGGCAAGGUGCAGCUUCAUUUGCCCAAGCGACCCAAAAGGCUAGAAGCUUUGGGUCUUUCAGCUUUGAGAGAUUUGAGCUUGGUUGCCUUGGUUGGAAAGCGAGUCUUUUGGAUUGAUGUGAUAAUAGCUGAUGGCUGGAGCUUCUGUUAUGUGACUGCACAGAUCCUUCCACUUCCAGUUCACACCUCCGCGACUUGGAUGCCUGCAGUGCCCGCGUCCGCCUCGGCGACGAUCACGGCACGGGUGGACGCCGACGUCCACAGAAGUCCUCCCCGCACGACGUCCGCACACGAGGACGAGGACGAAGGACGAGGAGACGCGGCGGGACGACCGCCCCGGCCCAGCGCGACUGUGGCCCGGCGCCGUCGUCGGAGGCGUGCGUUAGAACGAGCCAAGCGGGUCGUGGAGGAGAGAAGCGGCUCGUCGGGUGACCCAAGCAUUGAUGAACUCCGAGAGGGACUUCGUGGAGACCAAGCCCAGGGCAUGCAGCGUUUGCGUGGACAGGUUUGGCACCUGUCGCGAGAUGCAGCUGGCUGUCGGAUCGUGCAAGAAGCCCUGGAAGUGGGUGGCCGGGAAGCUGUAGACUUGGCGCGUGAAUUGGAGGGCCAUGUCCUGGAAGCAGUGAUGUGUCCACAUGCAAACUAUGUGGUGCAAAAGGUUGUGUCACAUUUAUCUGUGGCGGCGAGCAGCUUUGUUGUCAGAGAGCUCCAAGGAAACGCAGAGCGUGUCGCCAAGAAUGGAUUUGCUUGUCGCAUUUUCUGCCGACUUUUAGAAUUCUCUGGCACUGACGCCACUUCGCGACUGGUUGAUGAGCUAUUAGAGGGGGAGAACCUUUGCACACACGGCUUUGCGCACCAUGUGAUUCAAUCCAUUCUGGAGUAUGGUGAGGAACACCACAAGAAUCUCAUUGCCAAGAUGUUGAUGUCGGAGCUUUGGACGCAUGCGACCCACAAAAGCUCCAGCUACCUCAUCGAGACAGCGCUUUGCUACUGCAGCGAAGAGGAUCAAGAUGUGCUGGUGGCUGAAUUGGGGCACCCUGAGGCGCUGUUGCGCUUGGCCAUGAACCCCUUCGGGAGCUUCGUGGCACGAUCCCUACUUCAAAACCCCAAGGUAGAUGCCCAGGUCGCCUUAGGUUAUCUGCAAGAUCAUCGAGCUUCUGUGGAAGCCACAGCACACGGACUCCGGUUUCUGGUGGAUGUGGGCCUGGAGCAGGGACCCUUGGAAAGCGGGCAAAAAGAGGGAACUCGCCGAGCCGCCCGGAGGGAGCUUGUGACCGCCCUGAACAACGAAAGCCUGAACCAUCCGCCCAGUACGACGAAUGCAGCCUUCUCCAGGGCAUUCGUUCGGAGUCGUUUGGCUGGAGCGUCGACGGUCCAGACGGUGACAGGAGCGGUCGAUGUCCGGCAGAAUGAAGCUUCCGGUGUGGCGGACGAUGUGCUCCUACUAGCGCUGGUGCAAGUGGCCCUUGCUGCCAAGUUCUAUGCGGUGCAGAAUGCCAGUGCGAGCCCCGAAGGCUGCGAGGCGGUGCAGGCGGAGCUCACGUCCACCUUGAUGAAAGCCCACUGUGGCAAGUUGGUGCAGAACUUCGUGAACCGGGGCCCCGAUACCAAAGGCUGCUUAGCGGUGGACACGCCCAAAGUCCGACUGGCACUGGCGAACAAGAUGUUCAAGCAAUGUGGUGCCUGGCACCUCUACGACUUCCACCAGCCGAGCAAGACCUGCUGGCGCUGGAGGAAGAAGGGAAAGUGCUUCGAGCGAAGUACGAAGUGCAUUGGGCACAAAGAGGAGGCCUGGGCACAGGAGCGCAAAAACAACCUUUGCGAGGUGGACUGCAUCCCUGCGCAGCCGACGCUCACCGAGAAGGUCAUGAAGUCCUACUGCUUCGACUGGGAGACCAGCGACGCGGAUGUGACGCCCUAUGCCAAGGGCUGCAAGAGCGAGGAUAGCUACUACGUGCGUCGGGCCUUGGCAAACAAGAUGUUCAGCCACUGCGGCGCGCACUAUUUGUACGACUUCGACUCGCCCUCCUCCCGCUGUUUCGAGUGGAUCCAGGACCAAAAGUGCUGGACUCGAGGCACGGCCUGUGGUAGCCACGUGGAGCAGCGCAAGAGCGUGGCGCGCAAGGCAUUGAUGUGCGAGAUCCCCAAGAUCUCUAUCGACGGGAAGACUUGCAAGGGAACUCCCUACACGUUCGAUAAGAAGAAGCGGUGUGAUGGCUGGAAGGGCUUAACGGAGGCUCAGUGCUUGGCCAAGUGUCGGAGCAACGCGAAGGCGUCGAGGUGUCCCCAGAAGGUCUGUCGUGCAGCCGUCUUCUACCCGAGUAGUGGCUGGUGCCAUUUGUACGACCAGUGUGACGAGCUGAAGGAGUUUGCCAGUGCGCGGUUCCUGGGCGAUGAGGUCCCGAUGCGCUCGAUUGAAGGGAAGAGGUGCAAGCUUACUCCUUAUACGUCGCUUGGCGGAGGUGUCUGUUUGAAGGUUGAGCGACCCGGGGCCUGGUAG